CUACUUCCUCCUUUUUCUGUCUUCGUAUCUGGAUCAUUCUCUCUGGAUGCUUCGCACUGCCAUACUAUUCUACCUUAUUCUACCUCCCACAAAUCUUCCGCUUCUUCGUAGAUGCUUGCCACGGGUCUUCUUUCCACCGCCUACCUUUACUACACCUGUGUUGUGUGCCCUUUAUUCAAUACCCCCUCUACUUCGCGACUACGAUUGUUCUUCUUCAUCUGAUCAAUCUCAGAAGAGAAGAAUCAGGUCUGCCACCAACUCCCCGAUUGGAACGAACUACGUCUACGAUUCAUCGCUCUUUUUAAUUUUGAUUCUGAUUUCCUCACUAACAAGUUGGAUCUUACUUUCAAGUCUCCCCGUCUUCAUACUCCUCUUACAAUUACAAUUUCCCCAAACCCUUUUUGAAUUUGUCCUCUUCAAUCUGAAAUCGGUUCGACCUCAGCAAGACUCUCACCAAACCUCUUUCAACUCUUCACAUGGACGCUAAACCCACCCUAAUGCACGAUAUGGAAUUAACGGAAGUUAUGACAGAGUUCAUGGUGGAUCUGAGUUGCGAAGGUUGUGUUAAAGCGGUGAAGAACAAGUUACAAACAGUCAAUGGAGUUAAGAGCAUUGAUGUGGAUUUGAGCAAUCAAGUAGUCAGAAUUUUUGGGACUUUACCAGUUAAGACCAUGGCUGAAGCCUUGGAGCAAACCGGUCGAAAAGCCCGACUAAUUGGUCAAGGCUCUUCAGGAGGUUAUAGGAGGAUGAUGACUAAUCAUACCCCAAGAAUACAAUUCAGUUAUACUCACCCAAUUGGUUAUGAGAUUUCAAAGAAAAAAAUUCAAGCCGAUAUAUGUGCCAAGAAUAUUCAGUUACUGAUUAUCAAAAACCCCUUCUCAACAACCACUUUGUUGAUAAGAAUCUUGGUCCAUCUUACGAUUUGGUCCAAUGGCAAAAUGGUCUUUGUAAAAAAAAAACAUAGGUUACUGGAUAUAAUUACCACUUUUGGAGACAGGAGUAUUGGAUCAUUCUAUUUUACACAAGGCACUUGUGGAGUAGCUUACAAGGGGUGA